GGUUCAUGGGUAUUCGACAACGCGUCCUCUUAUCCGAAUUCUACUUUUCAUGGAGUAGACAUAGCAGAAAUGUAUCCAAAGGACACUUCUGCUUAUCCAAAUGUAAAAUUUUCUCAAGUUAAUAUAGUCAAUGGUUUGCCCUUUGAAUCAAACUCUUUUGAUUUUAUACACCUAAGAUUUUUGGUUCAAUAUUUAACCGAGGAUGAAUGGGAUAAUAAAGUUUUAAAAGAGUUAAUAAGAGUUUUAAAGCCUGGUGGUUAUUUGGAAAUAAUGGUGC